AUGAUAAUGAAAGAAAAUGUCGAAGAUUUUCCCAUGGAUGAACUUUCUGUAUCAUCUACAAACUGUGAUAUUUCAUCAUCAUUCCCUGAUUUAGCCAAUUCAGAAUUGUUUAUCCCACAUCCUACUUACAUUCUACCUACAUGCUCUUCAGAUGAAUCAAAUGAUAAUUUAAUUUGUAUGAAUUUCGAAUCAAAUCAUUACUUAAAAGAGGCCAUGAAUACUAUGUAUGAAUUAUUUCAGUCUCGAAAAUUAACUGAUGUCACAUUAUGUGUAAAUUCAGAAUCAAUUCAAUGUCAUCGAAUUGUUCUAGCUGGUGCUUCACCAUAUUUCCGAGCUAUGUUCACUGGUGAAAUGCGUGAAGCACUUUUACAUGAAAUUAAAUUACAUUACAUAUCGGCAAGUGCUUUAAAAAAGCUAAUCGAUUUCGCAUAUACAGGUAGAAUACAAAUAAGUGAACGGAACGUAUGUGAAUUACUCAUAGCUGCUUCUAUGAUUCAAAUGUCUCAUGUUGUCCAAGCUUGUUGUAGUUUUUUAAAGCAGCAAUUACAUCCUUCAAAUGCUAUUGGAAUUCAAGAGUUCGCGCAGUCGAAUAAUUGUUCCGAAUUAUCGUUUGCUGCUCAAAAGUUUAUUGAUCAAAAUUUUAGCGAAAUAGUAAAACAUGACGAGUUUCUAGGACUUCAUCCUAACCAACUUUUAACUUUAAUUAAACGUGAUGAAUUAAAUGUACGAACUGAAGCGGAAGUGUAUAACGCUGUUAUCAGAUGGGUAAAUCAUAAUAGAAAUUCAAGAUCAUCUACACUGCUUGAAGCUCUGUCUGCCGUCAGAUGUUAUACACUUCCUCCUACAUUUAUACAAGGGCAAAUAAAAAAUUGUAGUCUUCUUGCAGGUUUCACUCCUGCAAAAUCUCACUUGCAAAAUAUUCUAGAUGAUCUUAUUAAACACCGUCAUAUCUCAAUAAAUAAACGGACAGCUGGGUCAAUGGAGAUUCUUUACUCAGCUGGUGGUUAUCUGCGUUAUUCACUAAGUGCAUUUGAAUGUUACAAUCCAGUUACAGCUAAAUGGAGACGUCUACCAGAUAUACCUAGCCCACGUAGUGGCCUGUCUGCUUGUUCUGUACGUAGUUGCGUUUAUCUUGUAGGAGGCAGAAAUAAUAAUGAACAAGGAAAUAUAGAUGCACCUCACAUGGAUUGUUAUGAUCCAAGGAAAAAUUGUUGGACUACAUGUGCUCCUAUGUCAGUGCCUCGUAACAGAGUUGCUGUUGGUGUUGUCGACGAUAUGAUUUAUGCUGUUGGUGGUUCAACCAAUACAAUGCACCAUAAAAGCUCUGAAAAAUAUGAUCCAGAUAUGGAUCAAUGGAUACCGAUAGCUUCUAUGAAUAGUCGACGGAUUGGAUUAGGUGUUGCUGUACUUAAUCGUUUAUUAUACGCUGUUGGUGGUUUUGAUGGUGAAAAACGUUUGAAUACAGUUGAACGUUAUGAUCCGGAAAAAGAUAAUUGGGAAGAGUUAGCUUGUUUAAAUCGAGCUAGAUCUGGUGCAGGUGUUGUUGCACUCGGUGAAUACAUUUAUGCAAUUGGUGGAUAUGAUUCCUGUAGUCAGCUAAAUACAAUGGAACGUUAUGAUCCUAAAAGAAAUUGUUGGGAAUACUGUGCAUCUAUGCUACAUCCAAGAUCAGCGUUAAGUGCUUCAGUAUGGGGAAAUGAAAUAUGGGUUUUUGGUGGCUACGAUGGAAGCGAAUUUCUAGCCAGUGUUGAAGUUUAUAAUCCAAUUAAAGAUCAAUGGACUGAACGAACUUUUAUGGAUUGUGGUAAAUCUGGGCAUGCAGUUGUAGUUAGUCGCGGACCAUCAUUUUGA